AGGCCUGGCCCAGCGAAACAUUCAUACCCCCUGCAUCAUCCGUCUUCCUUUCUUGCCACAGGGAUUUUCUGUCUUCAUCUUGACUGAGCAACACGAAUCAUUACUUAUCGAAUCACUCGCUCCCUCCAUGGCAACGAUGCAGACCGUUGUUCGCAAGACGGGCGGCGUAUCUGGGGAACCGCUGCCGCCGACACUGCCGACCGAUACGGUUCCCGACCGAGUGAACGCGUCCAGCCUGGGAUCAUGGUCUCACUUGAUUGCCGGCGCGACCGGCGGUAUGGUGACAGCCAUCGUGACAAGUCCUCUUGACGUUCUCCGCACCCGCCUACAAACCGACUACUACCAAACGCAAUCGAAUGCACGCCUCGCACCGCAUCCAAGCCAAAUACGACAAUCGUUCGUGCGGUCGUCGGUGAACCACUUCCGCGAGACGUUCGGGAUCCUGUUUUCGAUCCACCGGGUGGAAGGGUGGCGCGGGAUGUUCAAGGGGCUGGGCCCCAGUUUGACGGGGGUGGUGCCGGCCAGCGCGGUCAAGUUCUACACAUACGGCAACUGCAAGCGGCUGCUGCCGGAGGUGCUGGGCUGCGACAAGGACACGACGCUGGUGCACGCGAUGUCGGCGGCGUGUGCGGGCAUUGCGACCGGCAGCGCCACCAACCCGAUCUGGGUCGUCAAGACGCGCCUGCAGCUCGACAAGGCCGGCGCCCGCCGCUACAAGAACAGCCUGGACUGCACCCAGCAGAUUCUGCGCCACGAGGGCCCCAAGGGCCUCUACCGCGGCUUGACUGCCAGCUACCUCGGCACCAUCGAGACCACCCUACACCUGGUCAUGUACGAGCGCAUCAAGGGCUUCAUCGCCAAGAAGGUCGAUCUGGAGGGCGAUGGGCCCGAGUCCAACCAUUUUGUGCAGGGCAUGGCGCUGAGCGGAGCCUCGGGGUUGUCGAAGAUGGUCGCCUGUUUGAUUGCGUAUCCGCACGAGGUCAUCCGCACGCGUCUCCGACAGGCGCCCAUGGCGGACGGUCGCCAGAAAUACACGAGCAUUUUGCAGUGCGCGCGGCUGAUCCUGAAGGAGGAAGGGAUGAUCGCGCUGUACGGUGGACUGACGGCGCAUCUGCUGCGGACGGUGCCGUCGGCGGCCAUCACCAUCGGGACAUAUGAGCUGGUUCUCAAGGUCCUUGAGCGACAAUGAUUUGGGGGUCAUCAACAUCCUCUCCCCUUCUCAUGUAUUAUAGACUGUAUGAUCAAAAAAAGAUGUGGCGCAUAGAUACCCUGUAAUCGGACGGACGAGGGUGAUUGUACAGGCCACGAUUUCUGGUUCGGUGUUUGUUUCAGCGCUUCUGGGUUUGUUGUUCGGGUGCAUCCUGGUGUCUGCCGCGUCAUGCCGAAAUAUAUUUAGAUUAGAUGAUUAGCCAAUGUCAUGUGGUUUUGGC